AUGCACCUUCCCAAAUAUUCCCCUGGAAAUAUAGGAUACAGUAUUGUAUCCUGUAUUCCUGUGGCUAAGGACAUGCUCAUUAGAAUAUUUGUCAAGAGAAGGGAAGUGAUGAAGUCUUCUAAACAUGGAGCUAAUAAACAGCGCCACAACCCAGUGGACAGCAUCUGCAGGAAGAUCAAAUCCAUCCAAAUGAUGGACCAAGUCUCCAACCCAGCCUUGCAGAUACCAAAAUUUCAGUCCCAGAACUUUGACAGCCCACAGAGCAACAAAAAAAAUCUGGAAGAAAUACUGAAAGGGAGAAGCUGCAGUAGUGGUGGGAGCACUUGCUCGCCCCUGGUCUGCCCUGGCAGCGGCAGCAUUUUCUCUGUGCCCUCGCCCGGUCUCGGGGCCAGCUCCAGGCACCAGACUGCAAACAGAACCUAUUCCAUUCUGGAGGGCAGUGAGAGAUCCAGCAGCGCUUGGGUGCCUUCCUCUCCCGUGGGGAGCUCUUCUCCAUUCCACUUUGGAGCCAGGGAGGCCAACGCCCAGGGCAAGCCGUGCGCUUCAGCAAAUGCUGAGCCCCAAGAUGUGCGGCCCAAGCAGAAGUAUCUGACGUCAAGUCCCAAUUUAUGUUUCUUCACAUCGGAAAAAAAGCCAGGAAGUGCUGUGGUCCAGCUUCCUGUGCCAAGGACAUUUCCUUCAAGUGAAAGAGGAAAGAGGCAGCCUGUGUGGUACAAAGGUGACAAUAUGUGCAACGUGAGCUUGAUCUGUGAUGAGAAUCUGCUGACCACCAUCUUCUGGGCAUGUGACAGCCACCACAGAGGGAAGGUGGCAGUGUCCGAGAUAAUCAAUUAUUUGAGACAUACGACCAGCUGGGACUCAGAGGACAGUGGUCUUGAGGAACUUUGCAACAAGCUUGACCCAGAGCACAAAGAUAUCUCCAUGGACCUGGAAACCUACCACGCCGUCAUGGGAGAGUGGAUUGAAGACCGUAACAGGAAAUGGGAAGAAGCUGCUACUGAGAAAUCAUCAUCAAGCACGGAAGACCUGGAAUCUCAAGUACCUGAAAACAUCUCUAAAGCCGACAAGUCACAUGUCCAGAUGAAUGUUACCUCAGGAAGCCUGGAGGCCUUUGGGGGUGAUGUGUCUAAAGGAGACAUGGAGACCUCUGACUUGAUAACCUGCCUUGCGGACCUGCAGUACAACAACCAGAAGCUUCAGGAAGAGAACAACAAGCUGAAGCUCACCCUGGAAGCUUUGGAUGAGACCAACGGCAAGCUCCUGGCAGAUAAUGAACAUCUAUGUCAACAAUUAAAAAGCCUCCAGCACUCUGUGUUGAAAAUCAAAUCCCUGGAAGAAGAGCUAGAGGAAGCAAGAAACAACCUGAACGUGUCAGAAGAGGAAAGAAAGCAGAUUCUUUGCCACAACAGACAGCUAGAAAAAGAAAAUCGGUCUCUCAACAUCAAAGUUACUUCUCUCCAGGAAGAGAUUAUUAGGAAUAGCAUGGACACCAAUGGGCUGCAAAAGAAGAUUUCGGAGCUGUCUAAAAAUGCAGCAGAGCUUCAAACCCAAGUCCGUAUCUAUGAGAGUACUGUGGCGAAUAAAGAGGCAAGCCUAAUCCAGAAGGAGCAGGACAUCAAGGAACUCGAGCUAACCAUUGUGGAGUAUUCCUCAAUCAUAGAGACACUGAGAGCUGAAAAAAAUAAACUGCUGGAGAACAUCCAACACAUGCAGCAAGAGCUGAUCUCGCAUGGGUUGAGUUUACCAUUGUUGUAUAAAUUUAACAGCAAUAUUCCUGAAGGGACGAGCACACUGCACUGUGAACUGGAGCUUGCAGAGUCUUCUGAGAUUAUCAGGACUGAACGGGCAUCCCUGGAUGAAACACUGGACUGUGAAGUGCAGCUUUUGCUUCAGGGGUCUGAAUAUGCAGGAGAAAAAUUCAAGACCAUCAUGAAAAACCUGGUCAGUAGCAAAGCUUACCAAGAGGAAAUCUCUGAAGCAGAGGAACUUGUCAUGGCUUCAUUAGAAUGGGUAAAAGAUCCUGAUGAGGACAUGCAACAGGCCUGGGAAAGAAAACUUGGGGCCCUCAAGCAAGAACUAGGGGAAAAAAGACAUCUUUGGACCCAGAAACUCCAACUUUUGGAAAAAUGCAAUGAAUCCUUAGAGGAAGUUUUUAUUCGAGUGGCAGACGACCUGAGGAGAACCAAGACAGAACAACUUCACCUAAGGAAAAAGCUCUCUGCUAGCCAGCGCAAGGUAGAAACUGCCAAACAGCUACUAGAAGAAACUUUGGCAGGUGGCCAGGCAGAAGACCUGUGUUUAGAGCUGCAAAAAGCCAGCAAGCAGCUGGAGGAUAUCAGCAAGCACGCGGAGGAUCAAGCUGAAGCAUUUCACUCUGCUCGUGAAGAAGCAGCAUCCUUGAAGAGCAAGUUGGAGGAAGCCAUUUCUGAGCAGCAGAAGCUCAGGGAUGUGAAUGCUGCUUUAGAAAGCACUUGCCAAUUGCUUCAGGAGAAGGUGGAAGACCACAAAACAACUGCUAAUGCCCUGAGAUGGGAACUGCUGCAGAGGCGUCUCUGUGAAUUGCUGUGCCAGUGCUGUGCAGAGGCAGAGUCUGACUGCGCUCUGCUGCCCACAGUAGCUGCACAUGUAAAAGGGAAGCAACUCCACUGCUCCAAAAGACCAUGGAAUGAAGGACCCACCUCGUACUCUGACUUUCCCUGGGCACUGCCCUCGAGUGCUUCACGCUGGCACAACUCCCCUCUGCUAGAUGCUCUGACCUUGGAGACCUCCUGCCCAAAUAACCCUCCUGGGCACAGCUGGGACCAGCCUUGCAGGCAGAGCUCUGGCAGCUGCACCUUAGAGAGGCAUGACGUGGGGCACGUGUCCAGCUCAGAUGUGACCUUAGGAGGAUGCAGGUGGAAAAUAUGCUCUGCUGAUGACUACACUGAUGCAGACCUUCCUGUUUCCAUUACAAUGAUGGACUCUUCACUUGCUGAGAUUGACCGUGAGGAGUCAACACCACCAGCCAUGCUGAUCGCAUCCAGUGAUCACUUACCAUCAGCCCAAGAAGCUCUUGUAUCCUCAGUGGAAAGCACAGCACCAGUACCAGGACCAAGUCAGAUCACAAGGGAAUCCUCCCUGGCCACAGAAGAACACAAGCCUGUGUUUCAAAAUGUUUUGAAGCAAGACCUGGAAGUGGACCAGGAAAAGAAAAAUAACAAAGAGCGGAGUGAGGAAGCAUUAGCUGUGGUUCCCAGCAGGAAAGGGAGUUCACCCGCUGCAGGUGGCAUUAAAGGAGAUAAAACCAAGCAAAAUGAGCUUGACUCCCCAAAUGAGAAGGAAGUGGAGGCUGAAUUCCUGAGGCUGUCUUUAGGUUUUAAGUGUGACUUGUUUACCUUGGACAAAAGAGUGAAGCUUGAAGAGAGGUCCCGAGACCUGGCUGAAGAAAACUUGAAAAAGGAGAUCACAAAUGCUGUGAAUAUGUUAGAGGCUUUAGUUCCUUUGUGUGAAGAAGAUAACCAGGCACAGGAGAUCAUUAAGAAGCUGCAGAAAAGCCUGCAGUUCCUUAGCCAAUACGCAGCUCGAGUUGCCAGCAGAGCAGAGAUGUUGGGAGCUAUUAAUCAGGAGAGCCGAGUGAGCAAGGCUGUGGAGGUGAUGAUCCAGCACGUGGAGAACCUGAAGCGCAUGUACGCCAAAGAGCACGCCGAGCUCGAGGAGCUCAAGCAGGUCCUGCUCCAGAACGAGAGGUCCUUCAGCUCCCUUGGAGACAGAGAUGAAUCUAUAAAUAAGAAGCUACCAGGUCCUUUUAACUUUAAGCCCUCGUCAGCCCUGCGGAGAGUUAGCAUUGCAACAGUGCCCAGGAGUGCUGGGAAUGCAGGGAUUGGGGUGCCACUGGGCCAGUUCCAUGAACCUGAUGGGGAUGAACGGAGUGACAGAUUCAGCAGGAGAUCAAGCAGUUGGGGCAGGCUAGGAGUGAAGCAGAAUGAGAAGCGUCCUUCACUGCAGAGGUUCCUCAGCACCUAUUCCUGGGCAGAGUAUGAAGAGGAGCCUUUUGAAACCAAGAAUGAGCAGUUGGAAUCACCUGCUGAAGUACAGGAACAACCAACUAGGAAGGAAAGUGUCUCUGAAAAAGGAAAACACCCACCCAAAUGGACCCUGGAGUCAAUGUACAAUUCGAUGUCAGCGCGGGCAUCCCACCUCAAGGCUUCCUUUUGCAACACCAACAAAACCCUCUGGGCGUCCAUGUCCAUCCUGGUCCUGCUGGCUGCUCUCACCAGCUUCCUGGUGGGGCUGUCCCUGCAGAGGCCAGCAGAAGCAGCCCCUGUGUGCAGUGGGAAUGCCUGGAGGACGCUGCAGCAGCUGCUGUGGCCCUACAUAAGACUGCGGCACUUCGGCCCUCCCCCAAUGUAACCCUGGCUCUGCUGCCGGGGCUGUGCUCUGCAGGACAGGAGCUGAAGCUGGCCUUAUUUAAGGUUACUUG